AAAAAGUUCAGUCAGAGGGCAAGUCUCCGUUAGUCUGCCGUCUUAUUUCUCGUCGCAAUGAAGUUUAUUCCCCUGUUGGUCUCCCUGCUGGCGCUGCUGUCGCUUCUGGCCAGUGGGGCCGCUGCACGCUCCUUAAAGAUACCCAAAAUUACCAUCCGGAAUGGCGACAUCAUUGUCCACGGCAACUGCAAUGGCUGCACGGCCCGAGCCACCAAAAACUCGGCGCAUUUAUCAAUCAAACUGACGAGCAGGACUACUCACAGAGGAUAACUCAGCUUAGCUCCUCAACCUCUAGUAUAAGAGUGUACUUUAGAGACGUUCUUGCCAUAGUGUACACAUUUUUAGUAUAUGUAAGAAUGGAGCACGGCUGAUUGUUCAGCAGUCUGUGAUUAAGCCUAGUGAUAAGUGAAUACAUUUAUGCACAAUUACCAACCUUGAGAGCUGCCGAU